GGGGGUCAUUUUUCCCAAAAUCACUUUCCCAAAAAAAUUUUUUCCCAAAUUUUUUUUUCCCAAAAAAUAAUUUUCCCAAUAUUUUUUUUCCCAAAAAUAUUUUUUCCCGCUUUAUUGUUUUUUCCCGAAUGCAUGUUUUCCCAAAAUAACUUUUUUCCAAUAGAUAGCUUUCCCGAACAAAUACUACUGAAAUUAAUUUUUAUUAUUCUACUAUUUGACAUUUUUCGACGAUUCCGACAAUAUGAGUGUAUAUAAUAAUCAAAAAUCUUAUACUUAAGUAAUCGAAAAAGAUUCGAAAAAGUUUUUCAAUAUACAUUUUUCAAUUCGGAUAAAAAGACAAGGUAACGAAUGUAUCCAACUUCACUCAUAUAAACAAGUUUUUUCACGUCAUUCUUUUCGUGUCAAAAUUUCAUGAGCUAAAAUUUGCUGCCUAAAGUCAAAAUUUCUAAUUAUGGCGGAAUUAAUUGAAUGCAAAAAAUCAUUUCUUUUGCACAUUAACGGAUAUUUGUACUACAAACACUCAGGUAGAAUAGGAGAAACUGCGUAUUGGAAUUGCCGAAGAAAACCUGAGUGUAAUGCUAGAGUGACAACAUACGGAGGACCACACAAUAUCAGAGUUCUGAAGGGACUUGAUGAAUCGAAACACAUCCUUCAUGCACCAAACCCCGAAGAAGUCGAAGCGUUAAGAGUCAUGAAUAGGAUCAAACGUAAAGCUACAGAAAAUCAUGAAGCUCCUCCAGCUCAAAUAUUACGAACUGAAUUGCGAAACGUUUCACCAGCGGUAUUAGCGGAAAUGCCAAACAGAAUUAAUUCCCGAAAAAGUCUUAGUCGUGAAAGAUUAAAAGAUUUUCCCUCGAACCCGCGAACGCUGAGAGAAUUGCAGGAUAUUCCAGGCUUUUAUCAAAAUUCAUUGAAUGGAGAUAAAUUUCUAAUUUACGACUCCUAUGAAAAUGACGAAGACUCAGAAUUUGGGAGAAUACUCGUGUUCGCGACGCCUGAAAAUUUAAGGCAAUUAUUCAGGAGCAUAUUGUGGUUUGCCGACGGAACAUUUAAAACUGCGCCAAGUAUAUUUUUCCAAGUUUUCGCAAUUCUCGGAGCAGUUACACAAUCGGAUUCAAGAGGAAAACCACAAACUAUUGGUUUACCUUUUGUCUACGCAUUAUUAGAAAACAAAGAGCAGAAAGUAUACGAAAAAGUAUUCUCGGUUGUUUUGCAAGAGGCAGAACGUCUAGGUAUCGAUAUUUCUCUUCCGAUUAAAGUGAUGACAGAUUUUGAGUUGGCUAUCAUCAAUGCUGUAAAAAUCGUAAUGGGCGAAGACAAGGCACGCUGCUGUUUUUUCCACCUCUGUCAAAACAUGUACCGCCAUAUCCAAAGUGAAGGACUUCAGAAAAUGUAUUGCGAUCCUGAAGAUCGAUCGGUCAAAGUAGCCACUCAUAUGAUAUGUGCCCUUGCUUUCGUCCCACAUCAAAACAUCGCCCGAGAAUUCGAAACCUUAAAAAAUGAAAUACCGGAGGAAAUGCGACCAAUUUCAAAAUACUUUGACGCUACGUACGUCCGAGGAAAACCUGCAAAAGGCCGACGUAAACAGGUGCAUCCUCGCUAUGCUCCAGAUUUGUGGUGUCAAUAUGAUGCAGUCAUUCAACAAACUGCGAGAACGAAUAAUAUAUCCGAAGGAUGGCACAACAGGCUUCAAGUUGUUAUAGGGAAAGAUCACCCCAGCUUCUACAUUUUUCUUUCCGAGUUGCAGAAAGAGCAAUCGGACACAGAAAUAAUGAUGCGACAAUUGCAAUCAGGACAGCAAGUUAAGAAAAAUAAAUAUUCCAAGAGGUUGAAACAUGAACAGAGAAUAUUUAACAUUGUUUCGAAAUAUCACGAAUAUGUUGAUAACAAUGAUAUUGUCACAUACUUGAAAACUCUAGGAUACUAUAUUCGCAUGUGAUUGUAUACAUACAAAUUCAUAAAUAAACUGAAAUCUUGUUUCAAAUAAUAAAAAAUGUACUCGCCCAUUCAUUGCAAAUGUAUAUGCGAUAUUUUACAGACGAACGAUAUUUUGGGAAAAAUAUUUUAUGGGAAAAUUUAUUGGGAAAUUUUUAGUUUGGGAAAAAUGGCAUUGGGAAAAUUAUUUUUUGGGAAAAAAAAAUUUGGGAAAAAAUAUUUUAUGGGAAAAUUUAUUGGGAAAUUUUUAUUUUGGGAAAAAUGGCAUUGGGAAAAUUAUUUUUUGGGAAAAAAAAAUUUGGGAAAAAAUUUUUUUG